AUGGGUUCAGAUUGGGCAGAAUUGUGCAACCAAAUUUUGGAUUUAGUUUUAGAGAAAUUAGUGUCAUCAUCAGACUACUUGCGAUUCAGUCUUGUUUGUAAGUCAUGGCAUAGUGCAGCAAAGGAUUAUCAAAGAAGUGGUAAUUUGUCAACUUGUCAUCCUCCAAUGCUCUUGAUAUCUACAGGUAAAAAUGGUAUAUGGAGAUUAUACAACAUCAUGGAUGAUAAAGUCCUUGAUUUGCAACUGAAUUUGUCGAAUAAGAGAUUUUGUGGAUCUUCAAAAGGAUGGUUAAUAGCCGUGGAUCAAAGUCGUAUAGUUACCCUAAUAAAUCCAUUUGUUAGGGUCAAAGGGAGGAGAAUGAAAAAAAAUUCAAUCAUUCGCCUUCCUCCGCUAACCCCUCCAUCUCCAAAUAUUAGGGAUGAGAUGUUGGCAUGGGCUCCAUAUUCUAACUAUUUUAUCUUCAAAGCAAUGCUUUCAGCGGAUCCAAUAUUAGAUGCGAACAAUUGCAUUGUUUUGGUCAUAUACGAGCAACAAUGUCAAAUGGCAUUUAUUAGACUUAAUAAAGACACAACGUGGACCUACGUUGAUCAAAGAUAUAGCAUAAUUGAAGAAGUUGUUCUCCAUCAACAUAAGGUUUAUGCUGCUAGCGACCGAAGUUUUGUAUCUUUUGAUAUCACUACUCGUUCCCUAUCGAAUGUAAAAUUUGUUGCACAAUGUUUUAGGUCAGGUGAUUGGAUGAAGACAUAUCUCGUGGAUUCAAAUGAUGAAGAGUUGUUGAUGGUUGAAAGGAAAAUUGAGCUUGAAGAAGAACGGGUGACAAGGAAAUUUAAAAUUUUCAAAUUCGAUUAUAAGGAGUGCAAGUGGAUUGUCAAAAAAAGCUUAGGUGAUGUUGCUAUAUUUCUGGGUGACAACUCUUCAAUAUCUGUAUCUGCUUCAAAGUUUCCAGAAUGUCAGCCGAAUUGCAUAUACUUCACCCAUGAUAAUAUAAGCGUAGGAGCUGAACUCGGACCUCGUGGGCCUUGUGAUAUUGGUGUGUAUGAUGUCGCAAGUAAAAAAAUAUCACAACCUUCUAAAGAUGUUAUGACUCUGGUGAAGAAGAGCAGGCAACCUCCGAUUUGGAUUGUGCCAAGAAUUCAGUUGUAA